AUCAACGUUCAUUCAUGCGCUGCUCCUCCUUAAUUUGCAGCUGUCGAAUAUUAUUAAUUGGUUUCUAAACCAAUUAGUUUUACCGAAUCAUGGCAAGGCAGCAGCCCCCAGCUCUCCCAUGGUUCCGGUUAGCAUCUGUGUCUCGCCCAACCCGGGCGCCAACCACAGCCUCGGCACCACCACAGGCUCAAGCCCUUCCUGUUUCCCAGCCAAGGCCGUCUAUCAUCCGACCCACGUUAACCCAAUCUUCUUCUAACACACCAACACAACCAGCUCAGCCUCCACUAGCCCGGCCAACUCAAGCACCAACACCACUCCCUGUUGCUGCUUCACCCCCAGUUCCGGCCUCCAAAUCUCCGCCGCCACAAGCUGAGACAGCACCCCCUGCUACUGCAUUCCCUCGGAACCCCACCACUCCACCACCGCGGGCUACUGCACCACCCCCAGCUCAGGCCCAAAAAUCUCCGCCGCAAGGGAGGGGCAAGAGCAAAGACAAAAGCUACAAGGCAAUGAACAACUCAUCCCCACCAAUGAGUGCAUUUAUGAACAGCAACGUGCAGGGUGUGAACAAUUCCAUCUUGUACAAUUGUUCUUAUCGCCACCAUGACCCUGGUGUCCAUUGCUCUCUCUAUCAGAAGGCCAAUGGUCACGGCAAUGGAAUCAAACCCAACAAUGAGGAACGCGCCAGUGGCAUUUGGUGAUGGAGACAUACAUAUUACGGGGUGAUGGUAAAAGGAUCUGAAUUCUAGUUCUCCAACUGGUUUUUCCCUUCAAAUAUAUCAAAGCAAGGUGGAUGAGGAUUAUCCGAGUCGGUUGUUGUUAAUUUUGUGUCAUUAUAUUGUAACAUAUAUCUACUAUAUAUGGUCUACGCAGCUAACUAGUAAAUGGUGUUUUUAUGUGUUCGGAGGGCGUGUUUUUUAUUUUUUUAUGGUGUCUUUAAGAGUAAUUUGAUGGAAGUUUUUUUAUAUUAUAAUAUGUUUGACUACAAUAUUACCAUGUUUGAUAUUCCGUGUCCUAGAAAGAGUUAAAUAAUCUUUGAACAAAAAU